AUGAAGUACCUCCCAGUCCAAGAGUUCGAGGCCGUAACCGGCGCUCUCAACUUCAACACUCCCGACUGCAACGUUACGGGCGGAUGCGAUCUGUACACGACCAAGUCCACCGGAUCCGACAAGAAACUCUACAAGAACAUCGACAAGGACCUCAGCUCCCAGCAUGCCGCGCUGCUCAAGCUGGGCGCCAGCCUGUCACCCCCCGACCGGGAGCACAUGCUCGCAACGUCGCGCAGCAUGCAGCUCUUCUCACACUCGAGCGCAUUUGGCCCGCUGUCCGAGCUCUCCAGCCGGCGGACGUUUGCUUACCUGAUUGCCACGCUCAACGCCAGCCACCCUCACUACGACUUCUCCCACGUCCUGCGGCCCGGCGACUUUAAGCGGGAGCGGAAUCUGAAGCGCGUCAUGGCCAACCUGGACUCGAUCCUGCAAAACACGCGGCCUGGGGUUGAGAUCGGCACCUCGUAUGAUUCCUCAGUGGGCAGUGACGUAAACGCUCAGUGGGGGCCUCACUGCUGGGCUCUGAUCAACAAGGAGAUGCGCCUGAACGAGUGCACCAUCUUCAGCUACCACCCAGAGGUCGACCCCUUUGAGGAAGACGAAAGCGCCAUCUGGGCGGUGCACUACUUCUUCUUCAACAGGGCGCUCAAGCGAGUCGCUUACCUCUACGUCCGCGUCGUGCCCGUCAUAUCAUCACAGAGCCCGACCCUGCGGCCCGCCAAGGGUGGCCUCCACAAGCGACACACGGCGCUUGAGUCGGACGGCGCAAAGAAGCGCGCCAAAUACUGGCUGGGCGAUCAAGACGCCGAGCUGAUACCGCCGUACGAGGACGACGAGGAGCCAUUGGAUGAUGGCCUCUACUGGAACCGUGGCGAGGAUGGCGACAUUGUCCAGUUCUCAGACGACGACAUGGCUGAAGAUGAGCCCAUCGAUGAGGACGAAGACGAAGAAGAUGAUGAUGACGACGAUGACGAAAUGAUAAGUCCAAGGAGAGAGAGGCUCAUGAGUGAGGACAUUGCAGGACGGAUGGAGAUUUAA